UUGCCUCGCCGGCCUCGUCAGCCUCCCCCGCCACCCUCCCCCGACAUCUUUAGCUGUUCUGGCGCGGAGGAGAUGGCCGGGCGGCAGGCGAACAGCAGCGGCGCCAGCGAGCCGGCGAGCUCGCCGCCGCGCCUCUCGCCCCCUAAAGUGGUCGUCGACGACAGCCCGCUGCAACCGGCCAUGGGAAAACACAAAGAAUCAUUAAAAGUAAAGCUGACGAUGCGGCGUCCGCUCAACCAACUGGUAGCUCAAGGAAUAAUGCCCCCUCUCAAUACACCGGCUGCUUAUUUUGAACAAUGCAAGCAGUUAGAAAGAGCAAAAACCGGGGAUUUACUAAAAGCAAAGAUACAACGACGACCAGAUCGUCAGGAAUUGGAACGGAGGCAUAUUUUGGAACAAGAAAGUCAUGCCCGGACCUCUCGAGCUAUAAAGAAGAAUAUUUUACAUACCGAAGAAAACAUAGAAACAGCUGUAAAAAGUGGGACAUUAGCUUUUAAAGCAACGAGUGAAGGUGCCUCGGGGCGCCCUCAGCAUCCUUCAUCAUAUUGCGGGCCUCCCGAUGAGGUUUCACCUUCCCCGUCGCCACCAUCAACGCUAUCGCCCGCCAGCGUCGCAUCCCCACCACAGCAUCCCGCACCGGGAAAGGACAAAAAUCGUAAAAAGAGUAAACAGAAACAGCAGCAGAAGUCAAGAUUGAAAUUUCACGAGUACAAGGGACCGCCGAAUGCUCAAAAGGCCUCGUCGCCGCCUGGCUCUGUGGAGACGCCGUAUGAGUUGCUCCUGCAGCAACAGCAGCUACUGUUGCAGCUCAGUUGUCCCUUACUGCUGCCAGCUUCGCCAGCGCCCUCGUCCGUCGCGUCGGACUCGUCGGACGCGUUCCCCACCCCGCCGCCGCCCCCACGCUACCCACACCUCUCCCCUCCGGCCGCUUCGAGGACAUGA